AAUGGAUAAUGGGAUGGGUCGCGAUUUGUAUAGAACAUUUGAACAUGUGUUCAGUGACUGCAAAUCUGCAGUGAAACCCAAAACAUACAAAGAUGGUGAAAACACUAUUGAGAAAACCCAAUUCGAGUAUCUGACAGCUGCCACUUCUUCAGAUUCGAGUCUAAAUAAACCAACCAGUGAACAUGUCCACAUGGAGAUACUAAUCCAGGAAUACGAAAAGAGUAUAGAGGAGCUUCAACUGACCUUGUCAGCAACACGAUCACAGCGUAAAGUUUUAGCAGCUGAUAUAUCUAAAGAGAAAGACGUGAGAGAACAGCUGAGUAAAGUCCAAACAGCUCUAGCCAACAAGAUCCAGGAGCAGAGUACAAAGAAAGAACCCAAGGACAGCUACAGAUUACAGCUAGAGGAGAGAGUAAAGAAUGCCAAGAAGCAGGGGAAGGAACUUAGAGGCAGUCUAGGUGCAUUUAUUAAUAAGCACUUUCCUAUGCCAACUAAGGAAGUUGUGAGUGAAGCUCGUAAAAAACUGAGAUCUUCAGACAGAAAAUCAGAAGAAAACUUAGUCUCCCUGAAAUCAAUUCUGGAAGAUUUAGUGAAUAAAUGCAUGGAAGAUCCUAAUGAUCCAUACAUUGAUGUAGAUGACAGUAUAUGGCCUCCUUAUGUGGAGCUUUUGUUGAGGUGUCAAAUUGUAACAAGACAUCCAGACAAUAAUGCAAAGAUCAAACUUGUUCCUUUUCACCUAUAAAUAGUGUUUUCUUCAUUACCUGGUAAAUGUAAUACAAUAUGGUCAUUUAUUAUUUAAAUUGAAGUGUACUGUAAUUACCUAUUAUAUUAUUUCUUAUGCAGUGUUGGAAUUUUUAUGCACUUUUUUUAAAUUUCAUAGAAAAAUGGCUGAAAAAAGUCUUAUUCUUCAUAUACUGCUUUAUUAUGCCAUCAGAAUGUCAUACAAAAGCUAUUGGUAAAUUGGCUUUGGAAUGUUAAAUUGCACAAUUUAUCUUCUCAAUCCAGAGUUCUCAUUAAUGCAAGAAUCUGCUUAAUGGACAAGCAAAAUCAUGUUGGACGCAACUUUGUUAAAAACUGCAUCUGUGACUCGUUAGUGGAUGCGUCCUUGUUGUUAAUGAGAAAAACGGUUUUGAAAAUUGAAGAUUUUAGAUCUCAGGAUUUGUCUGAAGCAAAUUGAAUGUAAAAACUGUAUAAAGUUUAAAAUAUAAAUGUUCUAUUCCAGUAAACACUUUUUGUUGUACCUAUUCCUUUUUUCAACAGGGAUGUGCUUGAUAUCAAGAUAUUUUACAAGUAUUAAUCCAUAGUGUUUCAUGCCAAACUUUGAUUAAUAGCAUUUUUUUUUUACACCUAGGAAUCUUGUAUUUCCACAUUUUUGCAUUACAGAAAAAAUGAUAUUGCUUUACUGAAAAAUUUUCUGAUCAAUACUGAAAAUAUUUAUAUAUCAUUAUGAAAAACUUAAUUACUUGAAACAUUGAACAUAUAGCAUUUCUGAGAAUCUAUUGUAAUAACUCUUCCAUUACUCAGGUAUACUGUUACCCCCUUCCUUCCAGGGGAAUGUGAUGCAAGAUUUUGAACAAAUAAUCAGCACCGUUUCAAAUAAUACAUAUGUACAGUUGAUAUAAAACUGGAUUAAAACCCUAACAAUCUUCAAAAUAAAUAUAACUGCUGAGCAAUUGAA